UCCUCUUCUGCGCUUGACCUCUUGGCCCCUUGGACCCUCUGCGGCCGAUCCUCCUGCUCCGGCGGCUAGAGAGAGAGAGGAUUCCCGGUCGGCUUUGGGGAUGGUUUCGUUGCUCCAGGAUCAAGCAAAUAUCACAUUCCCUUCUUCCUCUUCUGGGCGUCUGGAGAGCCAGCCUUGCAGCGACCGGAUGCAGAGCCAUGAGGCAGUGAGUUCCCCAGGACAGCAAGAGGCCCCCAAUUUCUGCUGCCAGCCCUUCGAGGUGGACCAUGGGGCGGAACGGGACCCUUCCGAAUCCUCGCAGAGCUCCAGCCCAUCCUCGCCGCCUCCGGACCAUCUUUACGGGAGGUUUCUGUCCCACCGAGGGGCCCACACCGAGAAGGCCUUGUACCCGGCCCUCCAGGCGGCCGAGAAGUUCCACCGGUUUGGCUACGAGGAUGGCAAUGCCUUGGGCAGCUGUGCCAGUUUCCUGAAGAGUGCCAGCGACGCCCGGAGCCCCUUCCACCCGUACAAGCGGCAGUUUGCCGAGGAAGACCCGCUCGGGGCGGCAGAGGGGGUCCCGCCCUUUAAGGCGGCCAGCAUGGAGGGCUACGCAGAGGGGGCCGUGCCCGCCAUGAGCGGCGAGGCCGAGAUGUAUGGAACCCAGGUGCCAAGUCUCUCUGGAGAACCGGCCUGGUGCAAAGGGCUCCCCUACGGCCUUCAUGGGCAUCACCCCCAGGCCAUGGAAACAGACAUCAAGCUGAAAACGCCUUCCUUGGAAGAGCAGCCCAGCCUUUAUUGCUAUCAACCACAAGUCCCAUCCAUGUACUGCCCUUCCCAUCCUUUCCAUCAGUACCCUGCAGGGGGCGGUAGCAGCUACCCAGUGACCUACCUCUCAGCCGCAUCGUCCCAUUACCCCUUCCAACGGAUUGCUCCUCAGGGACCCCCAGAGCACCACCAGCCGCUCUUCCCCAAACCCAUCUACUCCUACAGCAUCCUCAUCUUCAUGGCGCUUAAGAACAGCAAGACCGGGAGCCUCCCCGUCAGCGAGAUUUACAACUUCAUGACCGAACACUUCCCUUACUUCAAGACAGCUCCAGACGGCUGGAAAAACUCGGUGCGGCACAACCUCUCCCUGAACAAAUGCUUUGAGAAGGUUGAAAACAAGUCUGGGAGCUCCUCCCGAAAAGGCUGCUUGUGGGCCUUGAACCCGGCCAAAAUCGACAAGAUGCAGGAAGAGCUGCAGAAGUGGAAGAGGAAGGACCCUGUCGCUGUCCGGAAAAGCAUGGCCAAGCCAGAGGAACUGGACACGCUGAUUGGCGACAAAUCGGAGAAGCUGAGGUCCAGCCUGAUGUCCGGAGGCAACCCCCCCGGAGUGGCCAGCCCCCCCUCAGUCUCCCGGCAGAUGACCCUCGCGCACCCCUCUCUGCAUGGACCCCGGGGCCAAGAUCCCCCCUUGCCGGCCCAGAGCCCCCCUUCCGGCCGCGGGGCCAAGGUCCUGUCGGGACCCCGAUCCGUGCAGGACGUCCUGGUGCCUGAUGCCGACCUCAACAGCGACAUCGAUGCCCUCAACCCUUCCCUCACCGACUUCGAUCUCCAAGGAAACCUUUGGGAGGAACUGAAGGAUGACAGCUUGGCCGCGGACCCCUUGGCGCUGGUGUCGUCCUCCCCGGGGGUCCCUCCAUGUUUCUCCGCUCCGUGUCAGAUGGACCACGACAACGACAACAACAACGACAACAGCAACGAGCUGAACAGCCACCGCAACGCCCAGCAAAGCGGCCUUCCGGAGAUCCAUCUGACCACGCUCUACUCGGCCUUCAUGGAGCUGGAUACGGGGUCGGCCCCCUUCCUAAACAGCCUGGGGUCCAAGCCCAUCGCUCUGGUUUAGAGGCCACCAAACUGAAGGCUGGAUCCGCGCCACGGAAAUUGGAGCCCCCCAAAUUGUUUCACCCCUCGGCCCACCGACCGACCGACCUUAAAAACCCUUAUCUGUUCUUAAUUCGUAACUUUUGCCAUCUUGACCACGUUCGAACGUCGCUUGCUAUUUUGUCUGCGAAAUUUUGGCGGAGAUGAAAUUGAGCCGUGGCUUUAGAAAACCUUAUAAAGAAAAGCAUACCCCCCCUUUUUAAAAAGCAACAACUACGGGGCUAAAAGAGCGCCAAGUGCCUUUUGAAAAUGCAUAUUCCAAACUGCAAGAUACGGCUGAUAACACGAACCGCCGAGACAUUAAACCCGUCCGGAGGAGAAUCUAGAUCCAGAUUUGGGGCAAGGGAUGGAGUUGGGAAGAUAGCAAUGUUGUGUCAGGAAGGAACCCUUUGCUCAGAGGUUGCUCAGAGGUUGCCAUUCUCUGGGAGCCAGCCUCUUCCUU